AUGGGCCGCCAGCUGGCCCUGACCCUCGCCUACCUGGCUCACCUGUUGGCCACCGCGACCAGCUCAGAGCGCCAACAGCACCGAGUGCAGCAAGGCCGCUGCAGCUACACCUUCAUCCUGCCGCGGUGUGAGCACUGCCAUCCCUUAAAGGACUUCCAGGUGACCAACACCCUCCAGAGGGACUCCCCGCCCGAGGCAGAGCCCGACACAAGCCAAUUCAAGGCGGGUAUGGCCCAAAAGGAAGAGGCCUUCUGGCAGGAGAGGAAGCUGGUGAAUCUAGAGAGUGCCAUGGAGAAUAACCAGUGGCUGCAGAAGCUGGAGAACUUCAUCCAGGAGAAUGUGCGCUCUGGGAUGGAGGAAAUGAAAAGUACUGCGGUACACACCCAGACAGCUGCCAUGCUCGAAAUGGGAACCAACCUCCUCAGCCAAUCAGCGGAGCAGACCCGCAAACUGACAGACGUUGAGACCCAGGUGUUAAACCAGACAAGUCGCCUGGAGAUACAGCUGCUCGAGUACUCGCUCUUCACUAACCGGCUGGAGAAACAUAUCCUCCUGCAGACUCAAGAGAUCUCGCGCCUCAGUGAUAAAAACAGUUUACUGGAACAGAGACUCUUAGCGCUGGAGGCUCGGUAUGGGAAGGAGCUGCAGGGCUUGCAGAGCGAAAAGCAGCAGCUCCAAGAGCUCGUGGAGAGGCAGAGUCGACUGGUCAGUCAGCUGCAGGGUGAACUGGUCAGUUCCACGCUCAACAGCACCUCGCUACAGAGACAGCAGGCCGCGCUCACAGACACUGUUCAGCAGCUGCUGGCGAUGACCAACCGCUGCAACGAAAUCUUCAAUACGGCCAAGGAGGAGCCGCGGACUUUCAGGGACUGUGCGGAGAUCCUUCGAUCUGGAGUGACAGAAAGUGGAUUGUACGGCAUCCGCCUCCCUAACUCUACGCAGACUGUCAAGGUGUUCUGCGACAUGAAGACUAGAGGUGGUGGGUGGACCGUGCUGCAGCAUCGGAGAAACGGCUCCGUGAAUUUCCAUCGCGGGUGGAGAGAUUACAAAAUGGGCUUUGGAGAGCCGACUGGGGGACACUGGCUGGGGAAUGAUAUCAUCCACAAGCUGACCAGCUCCCAAGAAUACAGUCUGCAUGUCCAGCUCAAAGACCGGGAGGGGAAUGAAGCUUUCUCACAUUACGAUCACUUCUACAUAGAUGGAGAGGACAACAACUACAGCCUUCAUGCCGAGGGCUUCAGUGGCACAGCUGGACGGACGAGCAGCCUCACCCACUCUGGCACCCAAUUCAGCACCAAGGACAGAGACAAUGACCGCUGCACCUGCAAGUGCGCCCAGCUCGCAUCUGGAGGUUGGUGGUUUGAGGCUUGCGGUCCAUCCAACCUGAAUGGCAUAUAUUACCCCAGCUCAUCCAGUGUGGUUCGCUACAACGGCAUUAAGUGGUACUAUUGGAAGGGUCCAAAUCUGAUGGCUACCAUGACAACCAUGAUGGUGCGCCCGGCAAACUUCUGA